AUGCCAUCUCAGAUUAAACACCACAACAACCCGCAAAACGGCCCUCCCCUCCAAAGUAAUCAUCAACACUCACUCCCCCAACCCCCUCCUCGCGCAUCCUCCUCAAUGGGACCCGCCCGUACCACCGCUUCUAUUCAAGCAAAAAAGCGCACCAUCCCCUCCUCAGACUCCGCAGACCGCAAACGCGCCCGAACCUACGAUGCCCGCAAGCUCGCCGUCCAGAGCUCCGACGCCGCACUCUCCAAGACCGGUGAGCUCGAUGUAUCCGCCUUUGUAGCGGCGCGGGAAUUCGAGGUUCGUGCGCUGGAGGCCGGAAUCCGCAAUUCGAAGUCUGCACUGGCAUCCAGGGCGUUUCAGAAAGUUCCUAGGAGUCUGCGGAGGAGGACAGCUAGUCACAAUGUGAAGAGGGUUCCUAGUCGGUUGAGGGCGAGGGCGCGGAGGGAGAUGAUUGAGGAUAAUACACCAACGGUCACGGCUCGACGACGCAAACCUACACAGCUCCUACGUUUGCGGUUAGAGACUGCCAGGCGCUUACAGAACCUGAACUCCCGCUCCAAGGCUAGACGAGCUGCGAAAAACGCUACGACGCUGGAUCUAGUUCCCCUUCCCGAGGACGAAGGGAAAGGAUCCCAAAAAAGACCAACACACGAUGUCAAUAUUGCGCCUCGCGUGCCGAAAAUUAAGAAAAACAGGCUUUCUCAUCCUGAAAAGCCGCAGUCAAAAUUCAAGAAGCGCCAGCGGUGCAAGACCUGGUUGCCCACCCACGUGUUCCAUGCGAAGAGGGCGCACAUGACGAGCCCAAAGGAUCCAUUGUGGCGGUUUGUGGUGCCUUUGAGUCCGACGGAGAAGAGUUAUAGGCCUACUCAUAGGGCUAGUGGGGCGAGAGGUGCCGUUGCGUGGGAUAUGAGCUAUAUUUCCACCAUCGGAUUGGAGGGUUUGGAGAUAUGUCUGGAACGGCUGUUUACGGCGCUGGGUGUGGUUGGGGAAGAGGCGUGGGGGAAUAAGGGGAAAAAGUGGAGGGCCGGGACGAGGGUGUUGGAGGUAUGGCUGUUUGAGACCGGAGGAGAGGAGGAGAUGGGAGAUGGGAAAAGGCCAAUUGCGCCUGUUACGCUCAUUUGGUGCUCGGAGAAAACGGAUGAGGAUGUCGAGAUGGCUGAUGCAGGGGCGAAAGCAAAGAAGCCUAAACGGAGGAUGUUUCUAAGGGUCCAUCCGUCAGCAUUCUUGCAGGUGUGGGAGGAGGUAUUGAAAGCGGCAAAGGUACAACAUCCGCAAGUCAUGGUUGAGGAUCUUAGGUUUGAUAUUGGUAGUAUUGAGAUUACGGGACCUGGUGCGACUGAGGCUCUGCUUGGUGCUCUAAAGCCUAUACCUACGUCUGAUGGGAAAGAGUGGCCAAAAGGUUCCCCUGAAUCAACAUGGAUUUCCCUCGCAGGCCUCACAAAUGCAGCAUCACUACCACAAAAUGCUCUGCUAGCUUUCAAUAUUUCCGAUCCUCGUCUACAGCAUCCUCCUCGAACCAUCAAACUUCCGACUUCUGAAGCCAGUUCAAAUGACCUUGCAGUUCUCUUAUCUGCAUGGAAGCCUGAUUCGACACAACUUAGACCGGACCUAUUCUCUCGCCCCGCACGGUUAACAGCCUCUCGCCUCCUGCCUAGCCAAAAGGCCAUCAACCGCCGGAAAUCCCUAGCCAGUCCAGGUGAAUAUCCUUCCCCAAAACCUACAGACCCUCGCAUACCAGUUCUCAUCCUGGCAUCACGCCCGAAAUCUUUAUCUAGCGGUGGAAAUUCCCAGGGUACUUACAUAGUUAUGCUACCAUGGAAAUGUGUUGUACCCGUGUGGUAUUAUAUCAUGUACUACCCCAUAUCCUCAGGAGGGAAUCCUCGCUUUGGCGGCCUGCUGGAAAAGCAGCAACUUUCAUUUGAGUGUUCUGAGCCUUGGUUUCCUGGGGACUACCCAGGAACAAAUGCCGGAUGGGCAUGGGAAAUGCGCGUGAGGGAGAUUCGAAGGAAAGAAUGGGAGCGCAAACCGAAGCAGAAGCGCAUUGCAUAUGACAGCAUUGAUCUCGGUGGGCCGAAGAAGGGUGAAAUUGGACUAGGUUGGGCUUGUGAUUGGGAACGACUUGUCCAAUCUGAGCCCCUUGAAAAGGAUGAAGGCUUUGCAAAGACCGGUGAACCCGCAACUGCGGUUGUUGAAGGUGAUCAAACAGAAAUUAAAAAGAAGAAGAAACAGCAGAAUAAAUCAACAAGUACCACCACGUAUACAUCUACCCGUCCCUCCCGGCCGCCGCUACACAUCCACCACCUUCCCCCCUCCACCGCCUCCACAAUCCUCAACGCAAAGUCAAGGCCAAAGCCCUCCGCUGACCUCCCUUUCCCCUUCCAAUUCCACCUCACCCACCCUGCCCUUGCCACAGUAAAACUCACCCUCAUCAGCCGCGGCAUCCCAACCCCCCGCGCACGCAUCUAUCGCCUCCCAGCUACCAACCUUUUCCUACGCAAUGAAUGGCUAUCCCUCCUCAGCCCCUCAGCGCGCACACCCAGCGCCCAGCACCAGAGCAAGAAGCAGAAACAAGCCCAAAUAUUCCAAGCCAGCAGCAAACUACUCCCGACAGAUCUAUCCGCUGACCCGCAACCAGCAGCUCACUUGCCCAUGCCGGGCGAGGAGGAUUUAAUUGGCUUCGUCACGACGGGGAAUUAUAAUUUGACAGCUGGGAAGGGGACUGGUGUUGCUUCGGUGUUGGUGGGUAGGGUGGUUGGUUGCGGCGCUUCUGGUCUUGACGAGCUGGAUUCUUUGUCUGAGUCGCGGUCCCAGGUAUCUGGAAAGGGUGCCAAGGGGAUAAAGGUAGGGAUGUCCAGGGAGAAAUUGGCAAGGGUGUGUAUUGUCCGGUCUGCUGGGGAGAGGGUGGGGAGGUUGGGGGUUUGGGAGGUUGUGUGA